CAGGUAGUUGAGUGACUGCCUCGUUCGUUUCGUCCGGGCGGUGUUGCUAGUAUUUUCUUGUUUCGGUUUGUGUAGGGAUUUCUUUUCUUGUAAAUUCUGGAUGUAAUGGCUCACAGUUUUAGUACUUCAUGUGAGGGUUUAGAAAUACAGAUUGCGCUGGUUCCUGUUAACUUUAAAGCGAUCGAUGUGGGGCUAUAGCUAAGGGGAGGCAACUUAAUAAUGACGACACAAGUACUACCAUAGAGUUAUCCUUCCAGAGAUACAAAAGGCACUGUACUAAUUUGAAACUUUUUUUCUGUGACCGAAGACCUGCAGGGUUCCAGCAUGAGUUCCACGGGGAAGGUUGCCUUGGUUACAGGAGCAGCUCAAGGGCUGGGCAAAGCUUUCUGCGAGAUACUUCUCAAGAACGGUGCCAAGGUGGCAUUGACAGACUUCAACAAAGAUGUAGGGGAGAAAACACUGAAAGAAUUUGAAGCGAAAUAUGGUCAGAACCGCGUCAUCUUCUUGCAGUGUGACGUAUCCAAUAUGGCUCAGAUGGAAGAAACUUUCAAGAAAGUCAAAGAGAGCCAAGGCGGACUGGACAUCGUCAUUAACAAUGCUGGGGUGGGGGGUGAGAUGGGUGACCAGUGGAUAAAGACAAUUGAUAUUAAUGUGAAGGGCACAAUUAAGGGCACCAUGCUAGGCAUUGACCUGAUGAGGAAGGACAAAGGGGGGAAUGGUGGUGUCAUAGUAAAUUUGUCAUCUAUGUCUGCAUUGAACCCCAACCCAUGUGGACCCGUGUACUCAGCUACUAAAAGUGCUAUCAUCUGUUUCUCUCAGGCUUGGUCGAGAAAUCCUGAGCUGGCACAGAACGGAGUCCGUGUCAAUGUCCUGGCCCCAGCCUUUGCCGACACCCAACUGGUCCAGUCGCUGAUCAACGGUCAGACCCAGACGUAUGCCCCAGCCAUCCAGAAGGUUUUCUUUGAGAAGGCUGGGAUUAUGACACCCGAGACGGUGGCGGAGGCUCUCUAUGAACUCGUGGAUGACCAAAAUAAAACUGGCGCCGUUCUAAAAAUAUCUCAAGCUGGCGGUAAAGACUACGUCACCUCUUAACUGACGUCAUAACUCCGACGUCAAGUUGUUACAAGAUGCUGCCAUGUUGACUGUUAUAUUGUGUGCAUCGCUGUGAAGUAGAAUGUUAUUGACUGCGUGGAUGUUAUUUUAUGCUGAAUGUUAUGGAUUUAUUUUCCUAGAAAAUUUUGGAAACGUGUGUCGUACAUGUCCUUGAAAUGUUAUUUAGGUGAAUGCUAGAUUUUAACUUGAUUUUCUAUUGCUAGAAUAGUGAUCGAAUAAAUGUGCAAUUUUAGCUAAAGUAAUAGUUAUAAAAAGUAAUUUUGUAGCUGUUUCCCCUUUUUGUUAAUAUUUAUAUUCAGCACUUAUAAUAAAGGGGAAAGAACCGAUUAAAUUAGUGAAUAAAGCGGGGUUUUGUGAGUUUGUGGGUUUUAACCCGCGAAAUUUUAACUACAUUUUAAACAGUUGUUUUUUACUUAUUGGGCUAGUAAAGUAUAAAUUAAUUUUUCAUACUGAAAUCUUGAUUUCUUAUUAAAACAGGGAAUCCAUUA